UAACCCCACAAAGGUGGCAUUGACAGGUUGACAAUUCGGGCACAUUUUAGUUAAUUUCUUGCGAAAAACACGAUGAAUCUUUUACAACACAUUAAAAUUGCCAAAACUUUGUCAAAUACCGCCCUCCAGUACUCGUCUCACAUUCCCAAACACGUCUUUAGUCGAUCCAAAAGCGACUUUACUAAAUAUGCUGAGCACAAACCGAUCGAAAAAAUCCGAAAUAUUGGAAUUUCGGCCCAUAUAGAUUCGGGUAAAACGACCCUCACCGAGCGAAUUCUGUAUUAUACCGGUCGAAUUGAAACGAUGCACGAAGUGAAGGGGAAAGACAACGUGGGGGCGAUUAUGGACUCGAUGGAGCUUGAGCGUCAACGGGGGAUAACAAUCCAGUCUGCCGCCACGUACACACUAUGGAAAGAGCACAAUAUCAACAUAAUUGAUACUCCAGGUCAUGUGGACUUUACUGUGGAAGUGGAGCGGGCUUUGCGGGUGUUGGAUGGGGCUAUUCUCGUGUUAUGCGCAGUGGGGGGCGUCCAGAGCCAAUCGUUGACUGUCAACCGGCAAAUGAAACGCUACAAUGUCCCCUGUUUGGCGUUUAUCAACAAACUGGACCGUAUGGGGGCCGACCCAUACCGCGUUUUGGCCCAAAUGAAGUCGAAAAUGAACCACAAUGCCGCCUUCAUCCAACUCCCGAUUGGGCUCGAGGGCGACUGCAAGGGGGUCAUCGAUUUGAUCCAAAGAAAAGCGAUUUAUUUCGAUGGCAAUUUUGGGGACCAAAUCCGAAUUGAGGAAAUCCCCAAAGACAUGCGAACGGAAAGUGAGGAACGCAGACACGAACUCAUCGAACACGUGUCCAACGUUGACGAGGUUUUGGGCGAAAUGUACCUGGAAGAACGGCCGAUUACAGAAAACGAUAUCAAGGGGGCUAUAAGACGCAGUUGUUUGAAACGGAGCUUCACGCCGGUUUUGGUUGGGACGGCGUUGAAGAACAAAGGGGUGCAGCCCCUCCUCGACGCCGUGUUGGAAUACCUCCCGAACCCCGGCGAAGUCCCGAAUUACGCCCUGAGGGAGAAGGAAGGCUCAGAACCUGAGAAGGUUCUCCUGAACCCUGAUCGCAACAACGAGAAAGGGUUCAUCGCCUUGGCUUUUAAACUCGAAGCCGGAAGGUUCGGCCAAUUGACGUACAUGAGGUGCUAUCAAGGGAUGCUCAAAAAAGGGGACUCGAUUUAUAACGCAAGAACCCAGAGAAAAGUUCGCGUGUCACGGUUGGUACGCCUGCAUUCGAAUAACAUGGAAGAUGUGAACGAGGUGUACGCCGGGGAUAUUUUCGCCCUGUUUGGGGUGGAUUGUGCCAGUGGAGACACUUUCGUCAUUGACCCCAAAAUGGGGCUUUCUCUUGAAUCGAUUUUCGUGCCUGAACCUGUAGUUUCCAUGUCGAUAAAUCCAGCCAAUAACAAGGAUCGUGACAACUUUUCCAAAGCCAUAGCGAGAUUCACUAAAGAGGACCCAACUUUCCACUUCUUCUUCGACACUGAUAAUAAAGAGACUAUUGUUUCCGGGAUGGGGGAACUCCACUUGGAGAUUUACGCCCAGAGGAUGGAACGCGAGUAUAAUUGUCCCGUGGUUUUGGGCAAGCCCAAAGUGGCCUUCCGGGAGACCCUAGUCGCCCCAUGCUCCUUCGACUACCUCCACAAGAAGCAAUCAGGGGGCCAAGGCCAGUACGCGCGAGUCACCGGUGUGCUAGAACCAUUACCUCCACACAAAAACACUCUUCUCGAGUUCGUCGACGAGACAGUUGGUACCAAUGUGCCUAAACAGUUCAUCCCCGGGAUCCGACGUGGGUUCCUCGCCAUGGCCGAAAAGGGGCUCCUUUGUGGACAGAAAUUGGCCGGUUUGAAGUUCAGACUGCAAGACGGUGCGCAUCACAUUGUUGACUCCAGCGAAUUGGCGUUCUUCCUAGCCGCGCAAGGGGCUAUCAAGGAGGUGUUCGAGAGUGGAACCUGGCAGGUGCUUGAGCCGAUCAUGACGGUGGAAAUAACAGCCCCCGAUGAAUUCCAAGGGAACAUCAUAACGCAAUUGAAUAAAAGACACGGGAUUGUGACAGGGACUGAGGGCAAAGAUGGCUGGUUUACCCUUUACGCCGAAGUUCCCUUAAACGAAAUGUUCGGUUAUGCGGGAGAGUUGAGGUCCAACACGCAGGGGAAGGGGGAGUUUUCGAUGGAGUACAGUCGGUACUCCCCGUGUUUGCCCGAAGUACAGAAUAAGUUGGUCGAGGAGUACGAAAGGAGUAUGGGGAUAGUGCCCGAGAAGGAUAAGAAGAAGAAGAAGAAUUAAGUUAGAUUGUAAUUCUAAGACGAAUAAUUUAUUUCCAAGUAAAAAAUAUUUUAUUGACUGACUAGAUACAAGAUAAAUGAACUGUGCCUUAGAAUUGCUAAAACCAAAAAUGUAAAAAGUACCCAGUCUUUCGCACAGUUUAAUGAAUACAUCCUUUGCGUAUAUACAGAUAGGCUCUUCAAACACACAAUUACGGCAAAUUUCCUGAAAAAUUCGACUAACCCCCCCUAUGACACGUCAAAUCCCAAAAUCUUUGGCACAAAAUCGGAAACUACCUCUGGCGUCGUUUUGAUUUUUUAUGGAAUGGUCAAAUCACCAGAGCCAGAAUUAUUGUCUAGCAAAAAAAUUUCUAAAAAGCUUGUAGAUUGAGCAACGGAAUAAAACGGUUUUGAUUCUCUC